AAAUGGGCAAACAGGUCUUCGAAGUUACUCCACCUGUCCCCACGACCAUGGCAGUCAUAUCUGAUAUCAUCCCCAUGCCACCAUCUUAAUUCCCCCUUACUAUCAUCCUUCCAAUGACAAUUGGCUCAUUGACCAGCCGUCCUUGCAUCCAUCAUAUCACCACUUCAGGUCAAUCAGUUUAGUUUUCAAACUGACAAGUCCAACUCCAGGCAGUAGGCUAUAAUUGGCCCGAGAUCAAGCCCCUCAAGGCUGCGCCCUCCUCAACUUCGUUGAUUGGAGUCACCCUCCUGGUGCUCCUCCCGAAUUGAAUUUCAUACCCCUGCAAUGAUAGUCAGCUUCUAUCAGUACACUGGAUGUCGUUCGUACAGUCUGUUCUCAUUUCUUUGGUUCUUACCGCGGACAAUUUCACAGUGGCGAAUUGUGAGAACUUAACUCAAUUUCAGAGGACCUUUUCAAGUUCUGCCAGCAGUCGUGUUUGUAUAGACUUCCACAAAUCAGCAGCGGACAAUCGGGGGACCGCUAAAAUCUCUCGAAUGAUAAUGUAUAUCAUGGUGAGCCGCGAUCUUUUACGUGCUAGAAGAAGGGGGGGCUUCCUCGCUGAAGUGCAUGGUGCUUACAUUAUAUUUAUGUGACAGAUAUUGGGUAUAAUAACAAGGUAAGUAAGAUGUCAAAAUAUAGUGGCUAUAUAGCGGUGAUCGAGUACACAUGUAGCUCCAGUCUGGCAGUCAUACG